UUCUUUCAGCUCGAAUUCACUCCAAUAAAUUCACGGGGCGCGUAUCGGUUUGGAUCUGUGAACCCACGGUAUUUUAAUAGGUUUGCAAGUGACGACUCAUUUAAGAAAAUUGUGACCAAAACGGCCGACGAACUCGCUAACGGGAUCAAAAAGAGUUUGGAGGAACUUGAAGUGGAUCAUGACCCUUCCCAUGCAGAACAACGGCCGCAUACAAACGUUGAGCUUUCUCAGUCUUUAACUCCUCUCUUCUGUGACGUUACUUCACAAUCAAGCAAGCGAUCGGGACACAAUAGGGAGGAAGGAAGUUAUAGGAAAAGUAUACAGAAGAGGUGCAACGAAUGUCAACUAGAUAGUAAGUAAGAUUUAAUAAUAACAGGCAUGUUAUCAAAUGUUACCUGCUUUGGAUCGAGAAAGAAUAAUAAGUGAAGCAUUUGUAUCAAGAAUUUCUGGCUACCUGAUAGACUGUAAACCAUGCAAUCCUGAUUUUCAUUGUAAGCUCAAUAGAGUUAACUGAUGAAUGUGGUCAAAAUAGGAUGCAUAUAGCUUUUUUAUGUGAGACUUACAUGCGGUUGAAAAAUCUGCAACCGCUUACCAUUCACAAAAAGGCCUGUAAAAUCAAUAUCAUACCAGAGUAAUACCAUGCACAUCAUCAGAUUAAAAUAGGGUAAAGUCUUAAAUUUUUCGCUCGAAGGUUUACAUAGACAGGUAUUUGUUCUUUGAGUUAUUUUUCCUUUUUUUUUUUUUAAGUGCUGAUGUUGCCAUUUUUGUUGGAUUAUUGCUAUCAUUAUCUUUAUUAAUAUUAUUAUCAUCAUUAUUUAUUAUUACUCUUAUUAUUGUUAUCUUUGAUACAACCACUAUCAUUAUUAUUAUUAUUAUUAUUAUUAUCAUUAGUGGAAGUGGUAGCAUCGUUGUAACAUAAUGAUCAAUAGUAUUAUCAUUGUCGUUCUUUUUUAUUUCCAGAUAAGGUACAUUUAAUUUCCACCGACAAUUUAAUCCUCCCUCCAAAGAAAAGACAGAUAAGAGAAGUAGACACCGCCUUCCUUGAGCAGUUGAUUAAAAACAUGAGUGAGCAACCCUCUGGGAAUUAUGAAGCGCUGUUUGUCUUGGAAAAAGGAAUUACCAAGAAAGACCAGUUUGAGUUGGAAAAGAUAGAUGAAUAUAAAUAUGAAGUUCUCGGUGGAACUCAUGUUGUCUUGGCUACGAAACAUCUUCGUGAGAAAUUUCCUCACGACGCCAACUACAGCGGAAGGGUGGCCAGGAUAUAUGUUGGGCUCAAUGAUGAAGAAGCCUUGUGGUUAGGAGCCAUGCACAAUCAAACUGGGGCAUUUCGUCACGAGCUCACGUACAGGAAUGAGGUAAGGUCAAAAUUUGUCUAUUGUGAAAUGUGCCAAAUGUUGAAAACAAUUCUUAGUUUGUUUUAUGAAUUUUUAGAUUUUUUUUUUCAAAUUACUAUAAUUAUUAUCAAUCAUUAUAAAUAUAUAAAUUGAAUUUCUAGCUCUGACGAAGGGCUAACGCUUGAUACAUCAGCUUGGAACUCUUUACGGUGACCAAUUUACGUUAUCAACUCAGUUGAUAAUACCAAUAGCCUUGUCAUACUCUCCUUUCGACGUAUCACCGUAGUUUCUUAAGAAAUUAACCCCUUUAAUUAUAAGUUUAGUCUGUUCUGUUUAUAUCUUUGCUUUCAAAACUUUAUGUAGUUUGGAUUAUUAACAAAUGUGUCACUAAAAAUGUUUUCCAUUCCAAUAUUCAAGGUUGAGAUUUGUCGCACCCAAUUAUUCCUGCCAGCGGAAGACUAUUCAGGUGAUCCACCAACCCCUCCUGAAGCGUGGAGAGAGAAGUGUUCGAGUCUGCUUAAAAAAUCGGUAAGAUUGUGAAAAUAUAUACUUGUUACCUUCACAAGUAAUCCACCGACUUGCAGGUGUUAUUACUUGACACUUAAAUUUCCUCUCAGUGAAUGCACAGCAGGCAGCAAACUCUUAAUAAAAGCAUACGAGCGUGUUUCCUUGUAUAUGAUCAGUAGCACAGUUCUGAUGUACAAAAGCGUAACAUUGGGGUAAAAUUGAAAAAUUUAUUUAAGAACCAAUUCUUAUUAGAAUUAAGUCAGAAAGUGAAGGAAAUUGGUUCCUAUCUUGAAAUUAUGUCAUUUCGGUCGAUUCGGACGCAUUUCAAGCAAAUUUUCUAUUACCCAUGAUGCAAUGAGGGAAAUCUACAUGUACUUUUGAGAUGCAUCAAAGAAUGUUGAGCGUGAUGGUUAAGGAAAAGUGUUGUGUUAAGUCGCCAAGACAAUUUCUCUAAUGAUUGUAGAUAUGUGAAAAUCAGAUACGUGCACUGCGGUGAAGAAACGAAUAUAAGAGAUCCUCGCAGCUAUGAACACUGCUGAACUAGUAGUUGAAAUAAGGCCUGCCCGUACGGGAUUUGAACCCAUGACCUCUGCGAGAUAUUGCUAUGACUGUUGAUGCAAACUAAUCUGACAUUAAUGUGUGUUGCCUUGUAGAAAAGAAAUCUAAGUGAGAUCUUUACCAUGGCACAGCUGUCAGGAGAGGGCUGGACUCACUUUAGGAAUUUAAACGAUUUGCAUGAAAAUGCCCAAUUAAAAGGACAGAAAGCUAAAGCCUCGGACAUAGUUAAGAAAGGGAAACCUGUGCUCAGGCAGUGGCAGUUAAAACCCCUCUGCAAGUUGUCCGUAAAAGACCAAACGUUUCUUCUAAAAAAGGUGAGAUAUGUGCGACAUUGUCCUAUAAAUCAUUAUCAAGUGUAUCCUGUCUUCAAAUUUGUAUGAGAUGAUUUAUUAAUUCAAUUGUUCAAUUUUCUUAUCGUCAUGAUCAUCACGAUCAUCAUCAGGAGUGUAUCUACCUGGAUUUUUCUUUUCUCUUUUGAGCCCUGUGGUUGAGGAGAGGUUUCAUACUUUCAGAAAAAUAGUGAACAUUUGAAAGCUGAUUAUCUCCGCUUGUUUUUAUUCAUCGUUUUUAGGUGGCAACUUGCGAGUUAAGCUUGGAAGAAAUGAAAUUUGCUGCCUCCGAAGUAAAAUCUCUAAGACCUGUCCAGGAGGCCGUUGUUAAAUUCUUCAAGGUCAGCACGUGGGAAGAGGCUAUUGAAGAAUUUAAAAGCGCCGUAUCAUCUGAAAAGUUGUUGCAGUUUGCUGUAAGUUGACAUGUAAUAGUACGUACCUCAGUGACUCAGUGACUUAUUUGACUGACAAUUUUUCUGUUUACUCUGUAAUUAAAUUAUGUCAUAUUGCCCUUCUGUGGCGAUUUCCCUUUUGAAGUUAAAUAUUUCAACUUCCCCAUAAAAUUUCCUUCAUUUCUAGAUGUUAUGAAUUCCAUCGCCUGAGGAAAAAAACCUUCGUUUCGAUAAUUCAGUUUUAGAAUCCAUGCAUGGAGCAAAUCCUCGUUGAUAUACUGAGUUAUUCGUUCACUAUCUGUAGGGAAAAGACUUUGAACAGACUCACGAAUUCCAAAAAUACUUGCAACGUUUAAAAAGAAUACGAACAGGAGAGGUCAUUGAGACGGCCGACCUCAUAGAGGGAAAAAUGGGAGCAUUUGGGCUCGUAGUAUUUAGCAACAGCCUGUUAGACGUACAACAAAGCGAUCUGGCAAAGUUGCCACAUUACGAGGGAGCGUUUUUAACCAUAGGUGAAGCAGGGGAGCAGUGCGAGGUAAGAUAAAAAUCUAGGUGAGACUCUCCCGCUACCGUUCGACUAUCGAGUGACUUGGAAAGAAAUGAAUUAAGUGACGAGGCAUUGUUAUUUUAAUUGCCCUUGUUAGCAUAAGACGUUAUGUUUCUUGUCGCCUUCUGUUGUUUUAAUUUUCCGAAAAGUUUCAUUUUAACCGGGAAAUGUUAUAAGAUAAGUUAAAUGAACUUAAUAUGAACAUUUACUUCAUUUUUAUGAUAAAAAAUCAUGUUACGUUCCAGUUAGGCUGAGAACGGCACGGAAAAAUCGCCUUUAACGAAUACAUGCAGGAUUUUACUACAAUCCUAAUCAAAUCCUGUUUUUUGUGGAUAACUUUUAGUUGUUUGCAUUUACUUAUUACGACUCAUAUUUUUCUCUUCACAGAAUGCUGAUGAUGUAAUUAGUACUGUUUCCCGCAUUAAUUUCUGUAAGCUUACAUCCUUUAACAUUGUUUUAUUUACAAUGGUUGAAGGUGUAAAAAAUCUUAAAGAAAAAAUGCUAAAAGAGGGCGCUACUCUGGCACAGCAUGGCUACUUUUACGUCCAAAAUAAACCUCCAACUACAGCACAAGGUAAGAUACUUCUAGAAUUAAACAACUGUCCUCAGAAGAAAGUUUUAAAAACCUCAUAGUCAACAGAAUUGAAUUAUUUGAUGUACUUGUAGAGUUAACAAAAAUAUAUAUCAUGAUUCUAUAAUCUGAACUUGUUUUAAACUUUCUCCUUGAGAGCGUAUUACAUGCACAAUUUAUAGUAAGGUUUGGUGAAUUAAAACGUUCCAGCAGUGUCGAAAGAAAUUAGUAAGUGUAUAAUACGCAUAUAUCAUAUUGUUGAUACUCAUUUUAAUUUUUUUUUAGGUCCGUAUUUACAGGAAGCCUUGGAAACCUUUGUAGUUGGACACUGGUCUGUCUCAAGGCAAAUAACCUCGAGACAUUUGUCCGCCAGUGAAGAAAAUUUGAUUUUCCUGAAUUCAUUCCCAGCACAAGGCUACACAUGGCUUGUAGAAAACCUCUCCAGAGAAGGGGACGUGGUUAUAGAUGCUGGAACCCCCAAUGGCUAUGCAAUGGUGGCUGCGUUGAGGAAAGGGCGAAGCGCAGUUAGGAUAGACAGUACCGCUUUGCCUUCCGAACAGGCAGCGAUAGAGACUAAAAUUUGUAGUCUUGUAUCUUCCUAG